CCCCUAGAAACUUCUCAUCUCAAAAACAAAAAAAAGCAGAUUUAGAUAGAAACCCAUAGCCACCCUGAAGCCCGAACCGGAGGAAUCUACCCAGACCUAGGGGUCAGGUAGGGCCGUACCUUAGGAAGUAGCCGUUGCGAGGUUCGAAUCGACUGGAAUCGGGGGGAAGAGCAGAGCAAAUCGUGAGAAAUUUUGCAGGUUUUGGGGGGUUUGUGUUCUUGCCCUUCCCCGAGCAAUUCGUUGAUGCGUUUCUCUCGUUUAUGGCCUCUCAGAUCUGUGGAAGGGUAGGGAUUGGCGUGCAGGACUCGGAGCGGGAGUAAUCUGAGUAGAGAUGGCUGAAGUGAGGAUUGCCAGCAGGACGGCUGUAGCCGAUCGCUCUGGCGGUGGAUUCUUCGUCGGGAGGGUGGCGUCUCCCGGAGCCGUGGUGGACAAGGGCGCCGUCAAGCCACUUACUCGUCGGGUCCCGUCACCGUCCAGCAACAAGGAGAACGUGCCACCAGCGUGCUCUGCGUGGACUGCACCCAAGAGGAGGAGCUCCCUGCCUGAGUGGUGCCCAAGGACCCCACUCCGUGAUAUCAUAUCAGUCAUCAAGGCUGUUGAGAGGAAAAGUCGGCUGCGAGAUGCUGCGGCUCGGCAGCAGCUCCAGUGGGAUGAAGAAGACUCCUCGGAGCCUGAGGAUCCAGCACAAACAGAUGAGGGUAUUCAUGGAAGCACAGCACCAACAAAUGAAGCCCUGGGUGUUGGCUCGGCUAAAGUUGUUGAAACCACCGCAGCAUCAGCAACCUGCUUGGGCGAGGGCGAGAGCACCACGAUGGUGAAGGCAUCUGAUGACUGCUCCUUGCAGUCUCCAUCCAGACCAAGUGGAGAAAACGACGUGGAGAAGCAACUAGCCAACUCCAUACAAGAGAUUGAGAAGAUGGUGAGCCGGAACCUGAAGCGAGCUGAUCCCAAGGCUACUCGGCCUUCCAAGACCCCGGCUGUCCAGAGGCGCACCCUGAUGUCUAUGCGCUGA